UAAAGAGAAGGACAUGGCAUCUCGAAAUAAUGAAAAAAAGAGGGUGAGCGACACCCAACGUACUAACGUCACUACGUCAUAGUAUCAAACAUACCAAGAUACGCGAUGUCACGUGGAAAAUGCUUGUUUAUUGCUUGGUAUCGUGUUUGAUGGGGUCAACCCUUCGAGUUGUCUUGGCUUGCAUUGAAUACUGAGAUACUCAAUUCCAGAAGCAGCAGGAUCCAGUUGAAAGACAUCAAAACACCGUCAAAUUAAUAUACCCCUGUCCUUAUACUACAAGCAAGGCUCAAUCUCCCUUGACUGAUUCAUUCCUCAAUAUUGUCGUACAAUGACGACAUAGGUUUGUGCUUGACACGCGUCUCCAUCGACUUGCCGUGUCUACAAACUUGAUGAAUUUUCGCUGUUGUCUCUUUCUUCGCUCUUCGAGUUCGGGACAUGGAAGGUGAAACCACACAACAUGGACAAUCAACGAGAUGAUAGCGACUCUGCCGACUACGAGACCGGUCAUGCUGGCAAUUUUCCCGCACCACAGGGGAUAGUCAACGUUCCCAGGCAUGAAGCGGCCCAAGAAUACGUCACAAAGGAUGAAGAGGAUGCAGUGAUAGACUACAAUGCUCCCAUCAGUUGGUGGGUAUUGUCUACGUUGUUCCCACUUAUCGCAGGAACAUUCGGACCCCUGGCCUCGACCUUCAAUAUCUGCGCACUGGCAAUCACCUGGAGAACCACUGUCGCCCCGAACUCUCCAGAAUCCGAGGGCACUCAUAUCUCGGAUCCAGCAUGGCUCCUCGCAGUCAACGCUGUCAGCUUGGCCAUUGCGGUCGUAGCCAACCUCUUCCUCUUGGGCCAAAUGACUGACCGCAUUUCUUACACACGAGCCGCUCCAUGUUUCAUCUCCGGCUGGUAUGUUAGCUCAUUGCUUCUGUUGGGCCUCAUUGCAGCGACACCGACCCAUUUGCCACUACCAGCAAACACAACAGCAACCUAUUCGCAGGCCUUUUUCUACGGAAUCUUCGCCUGCGUCAUCUAUUUCAUACUGGCCUCCAUGUUGCUAACGACAGCAAUCAACAUGAAAUUUCGUCCACCGCCAUUCAGCCACACAUUCAAGUUGACAAUGUCGCAGCGCUCGCUCAUGCUUCAAACCAUGCUGUUUUGCGGCUACCUUCUCGCGGCAGGUGCUGUGUAUUCCCGUGUCGAAGGGUGGGAUUUCCUGGAUGCUGUCUAUUUUGUGAAUGUGACUUUGUUCACGAUUGGCCUGGGAGACUACCAUCCACUUACCCACCUGGGAAGGUCGUUGUUCUUUCCCAUGGCUAUUGGAGGUAUCUUGUUUGUCGGUUUGAUAAUUGCAUCGAUUCGAACUCUGGUCCUUGAGGCGGGCUCAUGCAAAAUCUCGGCUCGUAUGGUCGAGAAAGCGCGCCACGACGUACUGGAGUCAGUAGAUCCACAGACAGGCAAGGUCAAGCUUUCCGCAUUUCGCACGAAGCAACUCAAACCAGAUCCCUCCAUGUCGGAACUCGACCGCCGAGAAUUGGAAUUUGACAUUAUGCGGCUGGUGCAGAAGAAGGCUGGGCGAAGGUACCAACUGCUCGCGCUUGCUAUUUCUGGUUCGUGCUUUUUCGUUCUGUGGUUUCUCGGAGCCGUCAUUUUCUGGCAAGCUGAAAUGGCAACUGGUGGGGAGAAUUGGUCCUAUUUUGAAGCCUUGUAUUUCACCUAUGUGUGUCUUCUGACCAUAGGCUAUGGCGAUUUUUACCCUCAGACGAAUUCUGGCAAGCCCGCUUUCGUAUUCUGGUCUUUGAUCGCACUCCCUACACUCACGGUACUCAUUGGUGCCAUUGGAGACACCAUAUCCGAUGCCGUGGCGUCCUUCACAUUGUGGUUCAGCAGACAUGCGCCUGAAGGACUGAAAGCAUUUAGGCAAGCAAAACAGGCAGCUCAAAAGAAACGCAAUCGCGAAGGUGAAGAAGAGUCGGCAAAGCCCCCAGGAUUCAUGAGUGAUGACUCCGCCGGGAAGGGGGACUUCGAGGAUGAGAACAUCGCCAAGGCUGUUCAGGCACUCGGUCGUGGUGAACAGAACAAUGCUCAACAAGGCGACAAGCCACAAAGUGAGGAAGAGGCGCAAGCAUUGCUCUCAGCAUACCGGUUGCACAUUCUCAUGCGUGAAAUGCAAAACGUCAUUCAACAUCUCGACAACCAACCCCCCAGGAAGUAUACUUAUGCCGAAUGGACAUGGUUUCUGAAACUUCUUUACGAGGACGAGGACGAAUCCAAAGGUCAUCGUCUGCCGUGGGAUCAGACUGUGGACGUAUCAGCGCCACUAAGAAGACAGCACGAAGAGAAGUGGAGUUGGCUUGGCCAAGAGAGUCCAUUGAUGAGCAUGGAAGACGAGCCGAAAUGGGUUCUCAAUCGGCUGCUGGAAGUUGCACAACGAACAAGCAAGAAAAGAGGGGACUACUUAUUGAAGACCUGGAAGGAGAACCAGGGCCGAGCCCUUCCGGCUAGCGACAGUUGAGGUAACCGCUGAAUGAAUGUUAUGCUACUCACUUCACCCAGAAAGGGGCCACCACUCAGCUCUCCAUCUUGAAUUCUAAUCACCAUACCCCAGUCAUGACAUCAAACGGCCGGUGGUGACCUAGAGCAACU